ACUGUGCACUGUUGUUUUCUAGCGAGUUCCUGGGGAAAACCCCAGGGCCUGGCGUUCAGAGAUGGGUUCCUUCACGAAGCACUAGACGAGAUGUCAACUCCUCAAAUGAAAAAGAACGACACGAUGCAAUCUUCAGGAAAGUGAGAGGCAUACUUAAUAAACUGACCCCUGAAAAGUUUGACAAGCUAUGCCUUGAGCUCCUGAAUGUGGGCGUAGAUUCAAAGCUCGUCCUCAAAGGGAUCAUCUUGCUGAUUGUAGACAAAGCCCUUGAAGAGCCGAAGUAUAGCUCGCUAUAUGCUCAGCUAUGUCUGCGUUUGGCAGAGGAUGCUCCAAACUUUGACGGCCCAUCAACAGAGAUCCAGUCAUCACAAAAGCAGAGCACUACAUUCAGGAGACUUCUGAUAUCCAAACUUCAGGAUGAAUUUGAAAACCGCACCAGAAAUGUUGACCUCUAUGAUAAAAAUGACAGCCCUCUCACCUCUGAGGAGGAGGAGCAGCGUGCCAUUGCCAAGAUCAAAAUGCUGGGCAACAUCAAAUUCAUUGGAGAACUUGGCAAACUCGAUCUCAUUCAUGAGUCUAUCCUUCAUAAAUGCAUCAAAACACUUCUGGAAAAGAAGAAAAGAGUCCAACUUAAGGAUAUGGGGGAGGAUUUGGAGUGCCUCUGUCAGAUAAUGAGAACUGUGGGGCCAAGACUAGAUCAUGAGAAAGCCAAGUCUUUAAUGGAUCAGUACUUCGGCCGUAUGCGAUCCUUAAUGAACAACAAGGACUUGCCUGCUAGGAUUCGUUUCCUGCUUCAGGAUACCGUGGAGUUGCGAGAUAACAACUGGGUGCCUCGGAAAGCUUUUAUUGAUAAUGGACCGAAGACUAUCAACCAGAUCCGUCAGGAUGCAGUAAAGGAUUUGGGUGGUUUUAUUCCACCAAUGACUCAAGGAAUUAGGACGGACUUCUUUCAAGAAAGUCCUUUCUUGCCGGCGAGAAUUAAACCUGAUCGAGAAACUCUCGGGGGAUUAGCGGAUAUGUUUGGGCAGAUGCCAGGCAUUGGGAUUGGUACUGGCCCUGGGGUCAUUCAGGACAGGUAUUCCCCCACCUUGGGCCGUCGCACAAACCCUCUUUUCAAUGGGCACAGUGCCCACAUGGCUCCUGCACCUCAGCCUUUCAUGAAAUCCAACCAGGGCCAGAAUCCGCUUUUCCAGAACCAGACUCAUUCAUCUCAGCAGCAAGCUCAGUCCAAGGAUAUGGCGCCACGUUUUAUCAAGAAAGGACAGCUGAAUGCUGAUGAGAUUAGCUUGAGACCUGCUCAGUCAUUCAUUUUGAUCAAAAACCAAAUGCCAAAGUUGCAGCCGCAGAUACCUACCAUGAUUCCGCCAAGUGCUCAACCUCCACGCACAUCCACACCUCCGCUGGGACAGCCACCGCAACUUGGCCUGAAAACCAACCCACCUCCAAUUCAGGAGAAGCCACAGAAGACAACUAAGAAGCCACCUCCUGCUAAGGAGGAACUGCUUAAGAUGACUGAGAAUGUUGUGACCGCUUACUUGAGCAGCAAAAACAUGAACGAUGCGGUGAAUGGGGUGCGAGAGAUGAAAGCUCCCAAACACUUCCUGCCUGAGAUGUUGAGUAAGAUGAUCAUGUGCUCACUGGAGAGCCCAGAUGAGGACCGAGAGCAUGUCAGUACUCUGAUCAACACGCUCCGCAUGGAGGGGCUGGUCACAGGGGAGAACUUUAUGCAGGCUUUCCUCAAUGUUCUGGACCAGUGUCCCAAGAUCGAGUUGGAUAUUCCCUUGGUGAAGUCUUACCUUGCUCAGUUUGCUGCCCGGGCGAUCAUUGCUGAACUUGUGAGCAUGGCAGAGUUGGCCCACCCUCUGGAGAACGGCACCCACUUUCCUCUUUUCCUCCUCUGCUUGCAGCAAAUGACCAAAAUGAAAGAUCGGGAGUGGUUGACCGACCUCUUCCAGCAGAGCAAGGUCAACAUGCAGAAGAUGCUGCCAGAAAUAGAUCAAAACAAAGAUCGUAUGUUGGAGAUUCUGGAGGGGAAGGGCCUGAGCUUCUUAUUCCCUCUGAUGAAGCUGGAGAAGGAGCUUCUGAAACAAAUUAAAGCAGAUCCUGCCCCGCAAACCAUCUACAAGUGGAUCAAGGACAACAUUUCUCCAAAACUGCACACUGAUAAGGGUUUCGUUAACAUUCUUAUGACCAGCUUUUUGCAGUACAUUAUCCAUGAGAUCUAUACCACUGAAGAUGAUGACCAAUUAUCUGCACCUACGAAAGAGCAGCUUGACCAGGAAAAACAGUUGCUACUUGCCUUCAAACCGGUGAUGCAAAAAUUCCUGCAUGAUCACGUGGACCUGCAAGUCAGUGCACUCUACACACUGCAAGUCCACUGCAACGCCCAUGCUUUUCCCAAAGGAAUGUUACUGCGCUACUUUGUGAACUUCUAUGAUAUGGAGAUAAUUGAAGAAGAGGCCUUCCUAGCAUGGAAAGAAGAUAUUACCCAGGAGUUUCCAGGGAAGGGAAAAGCAUUGUUCCAGGUGAACCAGUGGCUCACCUGGCUGGAGACCGCGGAAGAGGAAGAGUCUGAGGAGGAAGCUGACUAAAGAACCAGCCAAAGCCUUGAUGUACUCGCCUCUGUCAUCACUCCAGUUUCGUUUCACCAUCUUUUUUUUUUUUUCACCUGAAUCAACCACAGCAGUUCAUUCCAUGCUGCUUUCUGCAGUGUUGAGCCAACGUAUUAUUCACGCUUCUCUUUGGCCUCAUUGUUUAUUAAAGCAUGUAAUGACUAGCAUCUGUUCAGAACCACCACAGAUAAAUGGUAUUAGCAACUUGAAACCGCAUCUUUUUAUAUAUAUAAUUUAUUUUUUUUUGCUUUUAAAAACAUGUAUUUGCCAGAGCCUUUUCUGUUGCUGUUCAUUUCAGCACAAAACUAUAGAAAUGCACUUUUGCUCGGUGUCAUAUUUUGAGUUGCUGCAAUAUUCAGUUUUGUUUGUAUGUUACAAAGAAUCCUCAGUAGUCAUUGGUUACCAUAACGUUUAGUCGAUGCUAUGUUCAUACCUCACAGUAGUGUGUGUGUGUGUGUGUGUGUGUGUG